GUCUCCGUCCUCCUCGUCAAUUCAAUCGCCAUCCUCAGCGAAGACCGCUUCCUCGCACGCAUCGGCUGGGGAUCCUCCGCGGCCGCAGAGCCCUCAUUCGGCGGAGGAAAUGGAAUGCAAGGCGACGCGAGCGUCAAGGCGAAGAUGAUCAAUCUGAUCAACUCAGUGAGGACACUGAUGAGAAUACCGCUCAUCUUCCUCAACAUCUUGAUUAUUGUGUGGGCGAUCGCUUUUGGUUGA